AUGCCAACGAUGUCAUCGCUCGAGCACGUCAAAGUGCUGUCCGAAAACACGGUGCUGGAAGAAGGAGAGUUCUGGUACGCGAUCGCGAAGCCGUGGUGGGAAAAGUCCCAGGCGAGCUCUAGCUCUAGCCCGAGCGAGUUGCCGAGUGUGCAGAAUGAACCGAUCGUUGACCAGCAACUGAGCUCCACCGACCGCGAAAUGGCAGUGCUAAAGCCCAAGCUCGAAGAAGGCGUCGACUUUGUGUUUGUGUCGGAGGGGUCGUGGGACAUGCUCACACACGAGCUCAAGUAUGACUGGGCGAUCCGCCGCGAAGUGGUGUACCAACGGAACCGACGACAACUACGGAUUGAUCCAUAUCCCUACGUCUUCAAGAUCCUGUUCUGGACAUGUGAUGCGGCCGAACCGAAAGAGCUAAUGGACGAUGCAGGUCGAGUCGUUGUAGUGAUCGGCUACCGCACCGAUACGUUGAGCAGGUUGCUGAGUGAGGUGUGGCUCGCAGCUCCAGACGAGUUCCGUCAACACUUUCCUCAAUUCCUCUUUGGUAUUGACCCGACCAGUGCCUCGCGUCCCCGUAGCCCCACGACGUCGGAUGUGUCGCGAGUUCGUGUCUGCUACCGCAAGUCCUGGACGAGCGAUAGCAAACUCGCUUGGGUGCCGAUCAAUCACAUGCUCAAGCGGUCUCGAGCAGGUCCGAAAGCGUUGGGCCUCACGCCCCGCGUCUCGAAGCGUCAUGCUCGUUGCAGUGAAGGAAGCAAAGACGGGCAGCAGCGCAACGACGGCAAGGAAGCAGGUGAGCUGAAGCUCGAGGAAGAUGGACCCGACGCACUCGAUGACGAUCGAAAUGGACUCACCAAGACGAUGAACGUGAAACUCGACGAUCUUCGUCUCGACCGCCGCAGUGAGGUCGCAAGUGGAGGUGCCCGACUGCACGAGUUGCUCGUGGAGCAGAAAGCCCAAGCAGCUGAAGGCGUUGGGUGGCCGAGCCAAGGAGUGGAGCUACGAUGGCGAGCGAACCUCAGCAAAGGCGACGCAUUGGACGUCCAAGAUACGUCGUCUUGCUGGCUCGAAGCGCGACUCCGGUCGACCAAACGCGCCAAAGUGUGCGUGCACUACCGGAGCUGGGAAUCCAAGUGGGACGAAUGGAUUGCUCGCACGUCGCCGCGACUCGCACCUCCGUACGCUCGAGUCCCCAAGUGGCGCAGCUCUCUCAAGCCGCACGACCUGGUUCAGGUUGGCGUCCAAGAGCCGCGCCUCCGACACACCAAGUGGCGGAAUGCGACGGUGCUUGAGGUGGCACCGGCUUCGAGUGAUGAGCUGAAAAAAGAUGAAAGGAGCAGCGGCGAUGGCGUGGGGUUGUACGUGCACGUGCAAGUGGACAGCGAAGAUGUUUGGUUGCCAGCGCACGACGACUUGCUUUGCCCGGCGAAUACGCACAAUUUGUCGAGUGCACUGAGCCAACGAGAGUUUGGGCUUCUGCUUGCCCGGAGUGCUGUAUCAGUGCCCGCACCGGGUCAAGUCACGGAGGAAGUCGCUGUUGCGACGAAAGAAGGCGAGAACAAAUGCGAGCAAGGCGAAGUUCAAGCGAAAGGCAGCAACGAGGAGGGUCCCGAUGGUGGUCUGAUGAGUCUCGAGAGUCCGAGGGCCUCUGUACAAUUGCGUUCUCCACCUUUGGUCGAUGUAGCGGUGGAGACGACCACUACUACGAGCUGUUCUCGACUGCGUUUUGGGACUCGAGUUGGACCAGCGCGAGACUUGAGCGAUAGCUUUCGUCAAGCUCAACUCCAGGGACAAUCGUCGGCCGGUCGCACGCCUGCUCGUGGUCGGGGGAGUCGACACCGGAGCCCCCGCGUUUUCAGCGACAAUACCUCACCCGAGCCAGUGUCACCUGCUAGUAUCCCCCAGACUGGGCAACGUAACACUCGUGACUUGCAGACACUCUGGGCACAGGUGGGGAGUGACCUGCGGUCGUUGCAAGCGAGUUGGGCUCAGUUGGGCGAAGAAGUCGUUGCAUUGAUGGAGACAUUCGAGAAUGGUCCCGACUGA